UACCACCUAGACUUUUCUGGUGCUAAAAUGUCAUCCUCCACAACUGCACGGUCGGAUGAAUUGAUUUUCUUUGUGAAUGGAAGAAAGAUAAUAGAAAAGAAUGCUGAUCCUGAAAUAAUGUUGUUGUCUUACUUACGAAAAAGACUCCAUCUUACAGGAACAAAAUAUGGCUGUGGGACAGGUAGCUGUGGAGCUUGCACUGUGAUGAUAUCAACAUACGAGCCAAUUUCCAAGAAGAUACGACAUUAUUCUGCCAAUGCUUGCCUGAUUCCCAUCUGUUGUCUUUAUGGUGCUGCCGUUACCACUGUGGAAGGUAUUGGAAGCAUAAAAUCAAGAAUUCACCCAGUUCAGGAAAGGAUUGCCAAAUGCCAUGGCUCUCAGUGUGGUUUCUGCACCCCUGGAAUGGUUAUGUCCAUAUAUGCAUUACUGAGAAAUCACCCUGAACCCACUAUGGAGCAGAUAUCUGAAGCACUGGCUGGAAAUUUAUGCCGUUGCACUGGCUACAGGCCAAUAAUUGAUGCAUGUAAGACUUUUUGUAAAGACUUGGACUGCUGUAAAAUUAGAGAGAAUGAAAAAUGUUGCUUGGACCUAAAAGAAAACCUACUGCUUUCUGGGAAGGGUAAAGAAAUGUGCACAAAAUUGUUUGCUACAGAUGAAUUCCAGCCCUGGGACUCAACUCAGGAAUUAAUAUUUCCACCUAAGCUACUGCUAAUGGUGAAAGACCAGCAAAAAAGAACUCUAGUUUUCCAUGGGGAAAGAACUACAUGGAUUUCUCCUGUUAGUUUAAAAGAGCUACUAGAGCUGAAAGCCAAGUAUCCAAAAGCACCUCUUGUUGUAGGAAACACCAGUGUGGGACCUGAAACAAAAUGCAACGGGUUAUUUCAUCCAGUUAUCAUCUCUCCUAUUAGAGUUUUGGAACUGAACUUCCUGAAUUUCACAAGUAAUGGGCUUACUCUAGGAGCUGCCUGCAGCCUGUCACUUGUGAAAGACACCCUGACCAGCACUGUCUCAGAAAUCCCAGAGGAGAAGACAAAGGUUUUUUGUGUUCUUUUACAGCAAUUAAAAACUAUGGGAGGACAACAGAUCAGGAAUAUUGCUUCCUUAGGUGGAAACAUUAUAAAACAACAUACAACCUCAGAUUUGAAUCCCAUUCUAGCAGUAAGCAACUCCAUUCUCAAUCUGGCCUCAUUAGCAGGUGGAACACGACAGAUUUCUUUAAAUGAACAUUUUUCAAGUGGAUUUGGAAAAGCCAUUCUUAAACCAGAAGAAAUUUUAGUCUCUAUUAGCAUCCCUUACUCAAAGACAGGUGAAUUUGUCUCUGCAUUCCGCCAGGCUCAGAGGCGGGAAAAUGCUCUGUCUAUUGUUAAUGCUGGAAUGCGACUCAUCUUAGAUCCAGGCACAGACAUUAUUACAGACUUCGGCAUUUUUUAUGGAAAUGUUGCCUCUACCACUGUCUGUGCAAAGAAAUCCUGCCAAGCACUUAUAGGAAGAUGUUGGAAUGAACAGAUGUUGGAAGAAGCCUGCAAACUACUUCUUGAAGAAGUUUCUAUUCCAGGCUCUGCUCCAGGUGGAAAGGUGGAAUACAAAAGAACUCUGAUUGUCAGCUUUUUUUUCAAAUUUUACCUAGAAGUGUUACAAGGAUUAAAACUGAUGUAUCCCCAUAGGUAUUGCGAUACAACAGAAAAAUGCAAAAGUAUGCCAGAUGACUUCCACACCAAAAUACCUCAAAGUUCACAAAUCUACCAGUCUGUAGACCCAGAGCAGCUUUCUCAGGAUCCAGUAGGGCGACCCCUAAUGCAUCUGGCUGGUAUUAAACAUGCCACUGGUGAAGCUAUUUACUGUGAUGACAUUCGUGCUGUAGAGGAAGAGCUCUUUUUAGCUGUAGUAACCAGUUCAAGACCCCAUGCAAAGAUCAUAUCAAUUGAUAUAUCUGAUGCCCUCAGACUGCCAGGAGUGGUUGAUGUGAUAACAGUGCAAGAUAUUCCAGGAACAAAUGAAUUCUGUUGCAUUAAUGAACCAGAGAGUGUGUUUGCAAACCAUAAGGUGAUUUGUGUGGGUCAGAUUGUCUGUGCUGUGGUUGCAGAUACAGAUGUUCAUGCAAAGAGGGCAGCUGUAAAAGUGAAAAUAACAUAUGAAGCUCUGGAGCCUGUGAUUUUGACUAUUGAGGAGGCAAUAAAGAAUAAUUCAUUCUAUGAUCCAGAAAGAAAACUAGAACAAGGAAAUGUUGAUGAAGCCUUUGAAACUGUUGAUCAGAUUUUGGAAGGGGAGAUUCACAUUGGGGGACAGGAACAUUUCUACAUGGAAACUCAGAGUGUUCUUGUUGUUCCAAAAGGAGAGGAUAAAGAAAUGGAUGUGUACGUGUCUUCACAGCAUCCAACAUUUACUCAGGAACUAGUGGCUUCAGUUUUAAAUGUCCCCUCCAGUAGGAUAAUGUGCCAUGUAAAACGAGUUGGUGGUGGUUUUGGAGGAAAGGUGACCAAACCUGCUAUACUGGCAGCUGUCACAGCAGUGGCAGCAAACAAAACUGGCCAUGUUGUUCGAUGCAUUCUGGACCGGGGAGACGAUAUGUUAAUAACUGGAGGCAGACAUCCUUUCCUUGGAAAAUAUCGAGUAGGAUUCAUGAAUGAUGGCAGAAUAAUAGCUCUGGAUGUAAGAUAUUAUAGUAAUGGAGGAUGUACACCAGAUGAAUCCAUUGUGAUAAUGGAGACUGCAUUGCUAAGAAUGGAUAAUGCGUACAUGAUUCCCAACUUGCGAUGCUGGGGCAAAGUCUGCAAAACGAAUUUGCCAUCAAAUACAGCUUUCCGAGGAUUUGGUUUCCCCCAGUCAGGCCUAGUUACAGAAUCCUGGAUAACAGAUGUAGCAAUCAAAACUGGUUUGUCACCUGAGAAGAUUAGGGAUAUAAACAUGUACAAAAAGGGUAAUCAAACACAUUAUAAGCAAGAACUGGACCCAAAUAACCUGGUAAAAUGUUGGAAUGAGUGUAUGGAGAAGUCAUCUUAUUACAUCAGGAAAACAGCUGUGGACAAAUUUAACAAGCAAAAUUAUUGGAAAAAGAAAGGGAUUGCCAUUAUUCCACUGAAAUAUUCAAUUGGAUUUGAUGCAAUGUUUCUCAAUCAGGCUGCAGCUUUAGUUCAUAUCUAUAUGGAUGGGUCUGUGCUGGUAACUCAUGGAGGAGUUGAGUUGGGCCAAGGUAUUCACACCAAAAUUAUGCAGGUUGCCAGCCGUGAAUUAAAGAUACCAACUUCUUUUAUCCAUAUCUGUGAAACAAGCACAGUUACUGUGCCUAAUACACGACCUACAGCAGCAUCUAUUGGUACUGAUAUAAAUGGGAUGGCAGUGAAGAAUGCUUGUCAAACUCUUCUGAAACGCCUUCAGCCAAUCAUGGAUAAAAAUCCUGAAGGAACAUGGAAAGAUUGGGUUACAGAAGCUUUUCACCAAAGCAUUAGUCUUUCAGCUACUGGUUUUUUCAGAGGCUAUGAUACAAACAUGAACUGGGACAAAGGAGAAGGUCGACCAUUUGAAUAUUUUGUUUAUGGAGCUGCUUGUUCUGAGGUCGAAAUUGACUGUCUAACAGGAGAUCAUAAGAACAUCAGAACAGAUAUAAUUAUGGAUGUUGGUUGCAGUCUAAAUCCAGCUGUAGAUAUAGGACAAAUUGAAGGUGCCUUUGUUCAAGGCCUUGGGCUUUAUACAAUGGAAGAAUUAAAGUACUCCCCAGAAGGAGUGCUCUAUACUCGGGGCCCAGAUCAGUAUAAAAUUCCUGCAGUCUGUGAUAUCCCAGAACAAUUCAGUGUGUCCUUGCUUUCGUCUUCUCAAAACCCCAAUGCAAUCUACUCUUCCAAGGCUGUUGGUGAGCCCGCUCUGUUCCUGGGGUGCUCAGUGUUUUUUGCUAUAAAGGAUGCCGUGGCUGCAGCACGGCAGGAAAGAGGGAUAACUGGAAUCUUCACAUUUCAUAGCCCAUCAACUGCUGAACGGAUUCGAAUGGCAUGUGUUGACCAGUUUACUAAAAUGAUUCCAUGGGAUGAACCUGAAUCCUAUGUUCCCUGGGCUGUUCCCAUAGACCAGUCAUUGCUGUCCCAGCAGAUACCACAAGAACAGGAAAGAUUCCAAUAUGCAAUGGACCCCCAAACUGACUUGAAAAGAGUUCUCAGUGUUGCUACGCCACCAAAUACCCUAAUUAUAUUUCCAGAAGGACUAGAAAGGAGCUCAUUAAAACAAGGUGCCCCUAUCUGUCAGAGAGACGAUUCUUUACUAUGCUUUUAAGCAGAGGUAUAGAAGCUUUGACUGAAUGAAUAAAUAAAUUUCUUCUGCCCCUUACUUAUUUAAACGACAGACAGCUGUUCUGUUGCCUCACUGUAACAGGUCAGGGUCUACUUUAUUCCAGUCUAAAUGAUGGGCAUAUUUUGAUGGGCAACCUUCAGGAACUAAUGGAUCUAGUUUAAUAGGAGGUAAUGCUAUGCAGCACUUAAAUCAUUGUUUCCCAAUAGCCCACCAGUCCUUUUGUCCACAUCUGUUAAUGCACUGGAACCUAGAUGCUUCUUUCUCCUGUCAGCCUGGCAGAUAACCUUAUUUUACAAAUGGGUCACAAUGGUAGAUGAAGCAGAGGAAUUUGGAGGGAAUAGAUAUUGGUGAAAGACAUUUUUUUAAUUAGAUGUUUUGCUGUAUAGAGAAGUUUUUAAAUUUUAAUAUCAUAGUUAUGGUAGGAACCAAGAGGUGGUUACUCCCCAGUCUGCAAAGUCUAGACCAGUGGUCUCCAACCUUUUUAUAGUGAAGAUUGCUUUUUGGCAC